AAAAUCAGCAUGGCCGGCCAGUUCGGGCUUGCUGUCUGUGAGUGAGAGAGAGUCAAGGAUAGAGUGUGUAAUCGAGCACAGCAGUUGGUUCAAGCACUCUCCGCAGAAGGAAGCGCUUGUCCACAGCACAACAUAUAGAUCCUAUUACUCGCCUUGCCGCAUGAAGCAAAUGAAGACAUUGUAAAAACGUUAGCAAGGUGUGCCUCUGCACAUAUCCUCUGGCUAUGACAGCCCUAAAGCUUCUUGUCCUAGCUGCUAUCAUAACAGGUAGCAGAAUUGCUGCUGGGGACAAUAGAUAUGUAGCCACGAAUGAAGCGGAGCUCCGAACAGCCCUGCUCAGCGCGACAGCCAGAAACCAAACACUUGUAUCGGUCGUAUUGCCGGCAUCAGAAAUCAUCAUUUCGCAGACGCUUACGGUGUCAUUGAGUCUCGAGCUUAUCGGCGCUAGCAGCAGCCUUGACCCAAAAGCGCCCUCGUCUGUCUUUCGGUGUGGCGCCGCGAACAUUAGCCUUGUCGUUCUAACUGCGUCCUCGACAAGCUUUACUGCGGACAACAUUGCUUUUCGCGACUGCACCCGGCCUGGCGUUGUGGUGGCGCCGGGGAGCACGGCGACGAUUACCAUUUCGAACAGCGUCUUCACAAACUUCACCCGUGUCCUGGUGGGUUGCUGUAACUUACUUGCAACGGUCAGCUACAAACGAAUGGAACCCGGGCGGCCCAACACACUCAACUCCGCCCGUCCCACGCCGCCAAGCGCCACCACUGCUGCACUGGCUAUCGACGCGCCGGCCUUUGCUGGCAGCCUCACCAUUCGCAACACGGUCUUCACCUACAACACUUUCAUUGCUGGGCCGCUCCUUCCCGAGAGCGAUACUGGCGGUGGCUCUGAGUCAGUGGGCACGGCAGGAGGUGGGGGCCUCAGCAGUGACGGCGGUAGCAGUGACGCAGGAGCCAGAGAUGGCGGCAGUAGUGAUGGGGUCGCUGAGGGCAGCGGAAGCGGCGAUGGCACUGCCACCAGCGGGGAUGGCACCAGCGGGAGCGGCGGCAAUGGCGCCCACCGCCGACUGCGGCGCAGCAUGCUGGUGCAGCAGCUUCUGCGUGGCGGCGCGUCCGUAUCAGAGGCCACGGCUCGGGCCCACAGCCUGGGGAGCCGCCUUAGUGAGGCCGAGCUCCGCGCCCUGUUUGCAGAUGAGGGCCCGGCCACAAGGUGGGCCUCGACCUCAUCCACCUCCGCGGCUAGCCUUGCGCGCGAGCGCUCGCGGCUGCUGGAGUCUGCUGGGCUGGGCGCACAAGCUGCAGGCAGCGUGUCACCGGAGAUAGCUCCCACCACCGCUUUCGGUGCGGCGCGGCAGCAGCUGCAGCUGGCCGCUGAGCGACGCCGUGCCCCGCAGAAGCGAAGGCAGGCGACUGAGACUGCUGUAGCCGCCGCCGCCGCCUCUGCAGCUGCAGCCACUCUGCAUCGGGGCCAGUGGAGGCAGCUGCAGCAGGGCAGCAGCAGCGGCAGCAACGGAACCACCGAUGCCAGCACCAACAGCACUGACGCAUUCAGCAGCAGCACCGGCGGCGCGGACACCUCCACUGCCGCCGCCGCUACUGGUGAGAACACAACCGAUGCUGGUUCCACAAACACGGAUGAAGAUGGCUCAACCGGAUCCGGAACAACCGACCCGUCAAACGAGGCAGACUCACCAGCUUCAGCUCCGGCGCCGGAGCCGGACUGGACGUCAUGGCGUGGACAGCUGUUGUGGCACGCGAACGAGCUUCACCCAGGGCUGCAGGAGGGUCCCUGGGCGGAUGACAUCGAGGCCGCCGUGUCGGUCAUCUGCAAACCCAGUGGCACCACCAAUGCCUGCUCGGUGCAACUGGAAUCAGUUACGUUUGAAGACAACACCGGCGUGGCAACCAGUUCGCUGUACGUGUUGUGCGACGGCGGUCAGGCAUCCGGCGCCUGCACUGUGUCCCUCACCGACUGCACCCUCCGCAACAACAAGCUGCUGUUGCAGCCCGCUCUGGACCCAGAGAACCUGUCCCCGCCCGGGUUCCUGGGCACCAUCUUUGACCCGGAGCCGGGCCCGGGCAAGAAGCUACUGGAUGCCAUGGUGCCGUGGCUCACCUACACGUACCCGCUGCUGCAGUACUGGAAGACGGUGCCGGACUUCAGAUGGUUCGGACUCCAGGACGCUGCAAAUCUGCCCAGCGUCACUGGCCGCACGCUGGGCGCCGUGGUGGUGCACAGCCGCAACGCGCCCUCACCUGGCCUGGCGCCCGACAGGCCGCCGGUGCUUUCUGUCACCGUGACGGGCGGCGAGUACAGCGGCAACGACGGCGCCGCACUCAUGAGCACGGCCACAGACUGGAGCCGCAUGGCUGGUGGCAACGGCAACUGGUCGGAUGCUGCUGGCUCCUACUUCCGGCACAGCGCCGACUUCACCCUCAGUGGCCUCAACAUCAGCGGCCACAUGAGUGGAGUGCCGGCGGUGUGGCUGCGCUGGCCGCGAGCUGCGACCGUUUCAGGCUGCCUGGUGACCAACAGUAACGGCGGCAUCUGGAUGGAUGAGGUCCGCGACACAGCCGUGAUGGAGUCCAGCGUAUUCCAGGGUAACCACAUGCCAGCCCAGAAGUGGGUGUGGCACCGCAACUUCCUGGCGAUCGCGCGUUUCGAAGACCCGAUCAUCAACUUCCCCCAAGACACCGGCCUGGGCUCGUACCAUCUGGCAAUGCUGCAAAUGACACCGCAGGGCGAUGCCACGCCUAACACCGCAACCGUAUCAAACUGUUGGUUUGACGGAAACCCAAGCUUCGUUACGGGUAACUUGUACGUUGGCGGCUCCGACGGUCUGACUAAUGCGAAGAACGCACUACCGGGCCGCACCACUUUUACCCUUGCCAACACGAACUUCACGCGGAACUACUGCCGGCGCUUUUCUGGCGGCAGGUCGGCCGACCCGGAUGCCCAGGGGUCGAAAUGCUACACAGGCGAGCGGCCUUUUCUUUCGGUCGAGGUGCAUACCGUAAUGGUUGAUACCUGCAGGUUUGAGGACAACCUUAACGGUGGCGCAUUUGUCGACUUCAGCACGUUGGUGACGGUGGCCAACACGGCCUUCACCAACAACCUCCAGACCUACGACUUCACGAUGAACUCCCAGAAGUCAGACAUGAGCCAGGGCGGCGGCGGCGCAUGGAUCAGCAACAUUGGUACAGGCGGCGUUUCCAUCUCCAGCUGCAACUUCACAAACAACGUGGCGCCAGGCGGCGGCGGCGCAGUUGGCAUUCGCCAGGUAGUGUUCACCGCCAUCAAGGAUUCCAGGUUCCUCAACAACACCGCGCCAAAAGCAGAUGGCGGCGCCAUCUGGGUUUACGUCACCGAGAGGUCUGACCUGCAGUCUGAUACGACGGUUGGCUACGACACGAUGGACAACUGCGUUUUUGACAACAACACCGCGGGUGGGCGUGGGGGCGCUGUGGCUGCUAUCCGCCUCGCCCAGGAUGCAGUCUGGCGUGUAACCAACAGCGUGUUUGCGAAGAACACUGCCAACUUGGAUCCACAAAAUGUGAUGUCACCUGAAAACCUGCAAAUCCUCCAGAAGCCGGACCAGGGAGGAGGAGGGGCGCUGUACGUCGAAAGCUGCAAGUUCCUGGACGUAGCAGCCUGCAGCUUCACAGACAAUCGGGUCCUCCGGCAUGCUGGCGGCGCCGUGCGUGUGGUUGAUGGGCCGGCCACGGCUCUACAGACGCCAGCUACGCUUUUCAACUGCUCGUUCCUGCGCAAUAAAGCAGUGAUGGGCGGCGCCGUGGCGUUGUCCCGGAUGAGCACCUUGACGAUCAGCAACUGCACCAUGGAACACAACACCGUGACAGACCCCUGGGCAUGGCCCGACACCUCGCCAGUGCCCGGAGCCGCCAACAACACCCGGUACCUGCCCAUGUCUGAGAUAGAGGCCGGCAACGGCGGCGCAAUCUAUGCAAUGGCAACCAACUAUUUCAUGACGAAUCAAGGCGGCACGACCGUGUUCUCAAGGAACACAGCUAUCAUGGGUGGCGCAAUUGCACUGGCCGCGUGCCCCACCGUGGUCGUGGAAGCGCGCGACACGACUGCUGCAAACCUGUCUUUACCUGCCAACGUGUACAGCCAACCCGGGUUCCAUCAGGCUUACAAGGGUGUAGGCGAGAUCCCGUUCACAGUACUCUUCCAGGAUAACAUGGCCUCCCUCGGUGGGGGUAUGUACGUACGCGGUACAUCGACCAAUCUGACCUUUGUGGCCAGCAUGGCAGCCUUCGAGUGGCAGAUUGGGGAAGUCAAUGAGACCCUGGUGGCGGGCGGCGCAAUCCCGGUGGAAAUUGUGCCAGGCUGGGCUGUAAGAUACCGCACAGCGGAAUCGCUGCGGCUAGAGCACGAGCAACCUGUCGUAUUUUACAACAACACCGCAAAUGGAGGCGGAGCGCUGUACCUAGAGGACAACCAAUACGUCAACAUCAAUGGCACACGGUUUAUCGCCAACAAUGCGCGUUCACCACCACUUGCGCCGAACUUUACUGGGCUGGGCGGCCGUGAGCGCUUCAAUGGCCCGAUGGCGUCGCGGCACUGCUACAAUGGUGGCGGCGGCGCCAUGUGCGUGACAGGCCGCGCCGGUAGCGAAAAUCUGUUUGAGUACGUCGACCUCUCGUACAACAAGGCGGAAACCAGUGGUGGCGGCAUCUACGUGGCAGAGGGCCAGAUGUGCUCGACUGCGGCGGGCUGCUACAGCCUGCGGCUCAACAACACAAACAUGACAGGGAACACAGCUAUGCGCGGCCAGGGUGGCGCCGUCUUUUGGCGUGUGGAGGGCAUUGCCGCGGUCCAUGCCUGCAGCAGCGACGUCGUGGAAACCACCAGCCGCAACCAGACCGCUAGCGGUCAGCCGUACAACGUCACGUGGCUGAAGCCAAACCGCAAACCGCCGGCGGUCUGGUACGGCAGGCUCAGCCGCGAAAUGCAGUCAGACCUGCUCUUGCAGCAGUGGAACGGAUCCGUAAACGCAACUGCCAAUGGCAUCUUCCGAUCGAAUGGCCUGUCGGUGACCACCACAGCAGCGGGCGUGGCAUUUUUGAACCAGCUAGCGGCUAACAUCAACGUCAGCAGCCUUCAGGCCGCAGAUGCCGCCAGCAACACCGGCGGAAGUAGCGCCGAUAGCACCGGCACCGACAGUGGCUCCGCCUCAUCUGAGGGCUUGGGAGGAGCCACUGAGGCCCCGGUUCCUCCCGUGCCUACCGGCUCCGUGACGGUGAACGACACGGCUUGGAUGGGCCUGCCGCACACGCAGCUGGCGUGUGGUGAUUGGUCGUACAACGACGCCGUCAGCGGUCCCGACAUUGGCACCACACCAUACUUCCUGCUGGUCAAGCCGCGUGUGGAUUUCUACUCUUCCAACACGCCGCUGCAGCUGCCCGUCACGGUCCACGACUGGCUGGGUCAGAACGCCACCGGGCUCGUCGACCACCAGGGCGCACUGGUAGUGGUCACUGCCGUGUCGCCACUCAUCAGUGGAGCCACCACCGUCAUCGCCUCAAACGGCACCGCAGACUUCCGCGAGUUCAAACUGCGUGGGCGGGAGGGCGCGCACAACAUCACCUUCACCGGCCGCAUCAGUUCACCAGAGCGCAUGCUCAAGCCAGGCGUGGCCCAGGUGUACGUGCGGCCCUGCGCAAUCAACGAAUUCCUGAGCCCGGGCAAUCGGGAUGAGUGCCUGGCUUGCAAGGAGGGCUUUUACAACCUGGACACAGAGGCGGAGGAAUGCCGGACCUGCCCUGAGAACACCGACUGCGCCUUCCCUACCAUGCCCGCCGAGGGUCCGCCCACCGGGUACCUAGUGCCGCAAGACGGCUACUGGCACAGCAGCUUCUACAGCGAUCAGGUGUUGGAGUGCCCUAACUCCGCCUCCUGCAGCCAUGCCAACCGCUCCGCUCUGUUGGCUCGGCUGCAGUAUCUCGUGUACCAGGCUGGCCGUAACAUCCAACUCAACACCUCUGGCGCGGCAGCUGACGUGUUUGCCCCUACCCUCGUCGCCGACACCCUGAGUGCGGGCUUGGACCAAGGCGUGGCGCCCGCGGCCCGACGGCUGCUGCAGGCCGGUCAGAGCUACUACGCAAGCCUGCUCGCCUCCACCGCCCAACUCCUGCGCGACUACAUGUCUUCCCAGUGUGCCCCAGGCUACAUGGGCACCUUAUGCGGCGAGUGCGCGCCCGACUGGGGCUGGGUGGGCGAGGCCACCUGCAUUGAGUGUCCGAGCCGGAGCCUGAACGACUUGUACUACUCGCUUGCAACACUGCUGACGGCGCUGUCCCUCGCCAUCACCGUCAACGCCGCCCUGCGAGCCAACCGCUCGCCCGAGGCUCUGGAGCCCCUCCCGUCCUCCAACUCGCGCAUCUCCUACAAAAACGGUACCUACACGUCGGCCGCCGAGCUCGAUCUGGAGAAGGGAGGGGGUGGCAGCGGCGAAGCCGGAGCAGCAGGUGGCGGCGCCGGCAGUGGCAACAGCGGGAGUGGCGCGAGCGGCUCCGGAGACAAGGAACAGCGGUCGUCCCAGCAGGGCGAGGGCGAGGGCGAGCGCUGCCCGAGCACGUCUGAUUGCGGUGGCGGCAUGCACGACAACCGCCCCACUGGCGCCACCACGUGCAGCCACCUUACAAGUGACACGGCCGCAGACCAGCCCUCCGACACCCACGCCUACACCUCCCUCGGCGGCGUGCCGGAGGCGGGCCUGCUCACCUCAGCUGAGGCGGCGGACGGCGGCCCCGCGCCACCUCAGGCAUCGCCGGCCGAGGUCGCGCUCAUUAUCGAUGACGGUGAUGAGCCACCGCACCAAACCCAACACGAGGACGCGGGCGAUGCUCCCGUCACUGCCGCCGCCGCAGCAGCAAAGCAACAGGGGCGUGCGCCUAAGCCGGCGGAGCCUCCGGCGAUGCUGCCGCCCAACCCAUUCGCCAUGACGAGCACGCCUGUGUCCCUGGACGACCGCGUGCAAGUCAACCUGCCUGCUGCCGCCGCCGCCGGCGCCUCUGUCGUUCCCAGCUGCAUCGCCGCCGCCGCUCCGCGUGUGCCCAACUCUAUCGCUGGGCCCGGCGGUAAUCGCCAGCAGCGUGCUGCGGGCGCCGCGGGUGCGGCCGGCACACCUGCUGUUGUGGCUCCCCCGCGCCUUGGCCGUGUGCCCUUCUCCAACAGCUUCCCGCGCGCCGCCGCCGCUGCGCACAUGUCGGAGGAGGGUGGCGUGCUGGUGCCCCGCAUCUCCAUCAGGGACCUGCCAGCAUGCAGCUCCCUGCCACGCAGCACCCCGCGUAGCGGCACGCUGCGCUCCAAUACCAGUGGGGCCCUCGGCCAGGGUCGCAACGACCUGCUUGAGGAGGUGGAUCCGGUCAAGGGCGUGGGCCAGGGGGGCGGCGACGCUGGCCGCGAGCUGGGUGGUGACCCAGAGGGCGGCGGUGCCAGCAACCCGCCUGAGGAGGUGGUGGAGAAGAAGCUCCGGACGGAGCUGCCCACCAUCAUCCGCAUCUUCCUGGCGUACCUGCAGGUUCUGGCCAUGCUGAAGGCCGUGCCCCUCGACAUUCCCAAUGUGGUGGAUGUCUACUACGGCAUCUGCAGCCAGGCCACUAGCUACCCAGGCCAGCUGGUGUCUUUGGAUUGUUCGCUGCCCGAGGACCUCAGCAUCUCACCCGCCAGCGCCCGCACCAUCCUGGCCGUGCUGGCGCCGCUCUACUCGUACGUCAUCGCUAUCAUCAUCUUCGUCUUCUUCGACAUCGGCUCUUUCGUCUGGAAGAAGCACUUCAAGCGCCUGGCCGUCACGCCAGCCACGGUGUUUCCCUACACGGCGGCCUGCCUGCGUGCACAGCUCCUGGUCACCUUCUGCACCAUCAUGUUCUUCUACUACCCCUCCGUGGUCCAGUCCCUCAUGACCAUCUACAACUGCAUCAGUGUGGACAGCGCCGUCAGCGCCAACCCGCUGGCGGUUAGCGCGGGCCUGAGCACGGACAAGGUGUGGUCCCAAGACUAUGGCAUGAUGUGUUACCAGGGCGAGCACCUGGCUCUUGCCCUGGGGCUGGGGCUGCCCGGCCUGCUCAUCUUCGGAGUGGGCUGGCCCAUUCUCAGUGCCUUGAUCAUGACCCGCUUCUUCGCCUGCGGUGGCGAAGGCCUGGCGCACAGCUACCGGACCACAGCCGAGAUUAGGGUUGCGGACUACAAGCCCAGGUGGAUCUGGUGGGAGAGCGCCGUCAUGCUGCGACAGCUGGCCAUUGCCGCCGUGGUCACCUUCGUGGGCGGCCCCUCCUCGCCCACCGUGCAGCUGCUGGUUGUGUUCUGCAUCCUCACGCUGGCAGCGGUGGUCCAGACGCUGGUCCAGCCGUACCGCUCCAUGCGCAUCGGGUACCUGGCCCUGGCCUCGCUCUACGUGCUGCUGGCCACCGUGUACCUGAUGCUGUACCUGCCGGAGACGAGCGAGGAGGACGGGGUUCAGCGCGUGAUCAUCUCAAUUAUUAUUGUGGUGAUCAACGCCGCCACCUUCGCCGCCUGCAUCUGGUACAUCCUGAGGACUCACUGGCACGGCAUGCUGGUGGAUUCGGGUCUGAAGGAGCUUGACAGUGAGGCCCGGCGCAACCUCACAUACGCCCAGGCGCGUCAGCUAAUCAAGGAAAACAUCCGGAAGCAACAGGAGGCCAGCGGCUCUAAGGAAGGCCGCCGCACCGCGCAGACGUUUACCAAAAUGCAUCGCUCCGGAGUGGCAACGGCCACAGCCACGGCGGUCAUUAUUGGCCAGGCCAUGUCCAGGAACCUCCGCACCGCCGCCAGCACGGUCUCCCCGCGCUUGUCUCAACGAACAGCCAGCAACAAGGCCAGCAGUGGACGCUACAGCGAGUCUGCUACACAGAGCGGCCAUAGGGCACCAGAGACUGCAGCAGAACUGCUCAGCAGCCGAGAGAGUGGAAAGCCCCCAACGGCCGACAGCGCCAUCACACCGCCCACCCCGGACUUGAGGGCCGCGCCGCAGCCCUGAUUGCAGCCGUAUACCGCGCCGCACAACAGCGGUGACAUGCCGACAUGCAAGUCUCCAUAGGGCUCCGUGACUAAAAGGCGGUGCUGAGGUUUGCACGCGACCGCCAUUGCAUGCAGGGGAUUGAUUGCAUGUGUAAGCAAUGCUCCCGCAACUGGUAGAUACCUCUUAAAGUGGGGCCAAGUAUGAUAAGUUCAACCGCCCGUGAAGACUCAAUCGGGCUAUGGCAUCACGAAACAUGCACGUGACAACGUUCACACACACAGACACACCACCAGGACCACCACCACCUGGGGCACGGUUUGCAUUUGGUUUGUGUGCCCGCAUGCGUGUCCUUGUGUCAACCCUUGCUGCGCUCGACGCUUUGGGGAGAUUUACUUCAUUCACGCAAGGGGCGAAGGCGUAUUACUUUAUUCCUUUGAUGUCUUGAUGGCUCUAAUGCCUUGAUGGCACUGAUGCAACCAUUCCUGCCAGGGUUUAUUGUUGAGGUUGAGUCGGGUGCGCAAUCCGCGACCACAUGUGUUGCAACCCAUGUCCUGACCCGCCUUGUGGGAGUUGUGGGCCGGGAUUAUCGCCAUCACACUCAGGACUUUGCUUCUCACCACCCUCUGCUCAUGCUUGUUCUAGGACUUCAGCAUCGCAUGCGUUGAAUGGAGCAAACUGCAGCGCUUGAGGAAGAAUGUGUAUGGCUAGGCAGGGUCAGGUAGUGAUGCUGUUUGUUGGAACCGUUCGCCGACGUGCGUAUACGUGAGGGCUUACCGUGUAGAUCAGGGCAUAUGGGCCCACAUGCGCUUGCGUGCAAUGUAGUGGCCCGGGGCUGAUCAGGUAGGUACGGUGGCCCAGGCAGGCAGGCAGGCUGUGGCGUGUGGCCUGGCCGGGCGACCCAGAGAACGAGGGGCGUGCAACAGCAUUUUCUUCU